CCCUUACCGUGUACAAUGGGCAGGAUGGCCUGGUUUGGCGCGUUUAGAAACAGGCAUGGCUUCUCGUGGUACGCUGACAACCCCACCGCAGCGUCCGUGGACGUCCCCCUGGCAGCUGUCACGUACUUCUGUGUUCUGGUUUCCGUGGCAACACUGAUUGCAUCUCUUGGAAUCAGAGGCAAAGAUAGAUGGAUGACAGCAUUGCGAGCAAUUUACGGACUUGCUGUUGGUUCAAUCAUACUGGUGGGCGCCUACAGUCACAGCUGGCAGACAGGGACGGUGGAGGUGACCACGCCCUACGUAUACCGGUCCCCCCAGCAUUUCCGAGGGGUGGUGGGUGUCCACGUGGCUCUCCACGGGGCCAAUGUGACCCUUAUCGGUAAAUUCGGAGAUUCCCCCCAUAGUGGUCACGUGGCUUACUCAGAGGCCCUCCCGUGGAGCGACUAUGGCCAUGAAUCCGACGCCUUCCAUGACUUCAUAGGGCGUGGUCUCCCUGACCCUAUCUUGAGGGUGGUAGAACACCUCUGUGCUGACGCUGGGGGGCUGCGGUGGGGGAAGACGUUUCAUACAUCCGGGGAAUUCGCAUGCGCCCUGCUCUGGACAGCUUUUGCAUUCUGGAUCGUGACCAAUACACUGUUGUUCAGUGUCAUCUGCUACGGGGACACGUUCACCCUAACGGGGUUCACGUUGUCCUUGACCUGUGUGGUGUACCAUGUCUGCCAGCCCCGCAACCCUCUGAUGAUAUCGUAUGGCGAGCAUAUCCUCAGAACACACUAUGGGUGGUCGUUCUGGCUCAUCCUUGUUACAGGAGUUUCGACUUUCGUCAUUGGUCUCCUGAUUGUGUUCUUGGACCACGUCUUCCCAAAGAAGAUGGCCGAGGUAAUGGGCGUCGAUGCUGGUAUAGAGGACGACAGGGGAGAGUUUGGAGCCUUUGUGUCUGUCAAGGAUCGAAAGGAAAGCAUCUUCUUCACAGAAGAGAGGAGGGGAGGCCUAUUCCCAGGUCGAGACAGACGCGGUAAUUUGUACCCCGGGGGAGACAGGAGAACCAGCGUGUUUGGGGAUCAGCAGAGAAGAGGCAGCUCUUAUGGCACGUCCUGGUAUUCCAACAAGGGUUUCAGUUCAGGUGAUGAAAAGAUGAAGAUUAAUCCCCUUUUCUCAGGACAUAGCAUUACGGAGGAAGACGUAUCCAGACCUGACACGCCCCAAACAGACGUCCAGAUAAACAUUGAAGAUGAACAGGGUAAUAUCAUUUCCGGUGAAGACAGGAAGUCUACAUGUUCGUCUGCUAAGGAGGACAGAGAUAAUGACUUAAAUGAGAAGCAGGCUUCGUCUAGUGUGACAGUAGACAUUGGGCGGUUGAGCCGCCAGUUGUCGCAUGACUCAGGUAAUGAAAGCGCCUGUAUUCAGACACGUGACACUGACAGUGAUGUUGGAGCUGAAUGCACACAGUCGCUAUACGUCAACACAAGCUGAAUAUCGGCGAACUUUCGGAUUGCAAACCGUUGUCUUCCUUCUUGCUAUGGCUCCAGCUGCCUCAACUCUAGACCCAUUAAUUAACUCAUACGAGUACAUAUUUCAGGAACGUGUUACUUCUGGGACAAUCCUGUCAGUGAAUAUUACUCUUACGAGAUUCACAAAAGACGUAACAUGCAUUUUCGGAUCAUUGAGUACACGCUUGGAGACAAGUACAGAAACUAUGGUUUUGCAAAUCUGCCCACUAAUAUCCACUCUACGUCCAGGUCGAGGUCAAGGUCAAGGUCUCCGCUUGUCUACCGCACGUAUUCCCCUCUUCCUACUCACAAUAACAAAACGGGGCUUCAAUCCUUCAUGCCAGCCCCUGUAUUACUGCUGGUACCUGCUACAGAAGCGGUAAGAGCAGGCAUCCCCCAGAACCAAGAUCGCUGACCUAACCUCGCCAGACACAUGCCAGGACACUGUUACUUGCUACCGGCAUUUCGCCAUCAUAUCCGUUGAUCAUCAGCUCAACAUACGCCCAUGUCUUUCAUACAUGCAUAAUCCGCAAACGACUACUGAUUGUGUUUCAAUCGUUAUAUACUAGAGUGUUGUGUAAUGUAAAGCAAAAGCUUGCCCGUGGGAAUAACACUAUACCCAACCGUCUCCCAUGUUUUCCUCGUCAGGCGACCAGUAGUGUUCCUCGUCAUGUGAAUAUGUGCUUUAGUUUCUUGUGUUUUCCGCAUGUAUAUGCGACAAAAUAUAUUUAGUACCCAUUAAUAAAAUGUUAUCAGUCAUUUAUUAUGCAUCUAAUGAGAUUAUUCAUUAGAAAAACGUUUUUGUAAUAACAACGAAACAACCUUUAAUGCUGAUUUGACCUUUAACACUUAUAACUUGGAUAUAGCUUUUGUUUGUAUCACCUGAGCUUUUGCUAGUAGUUGUGUAACUGUAGAAUAUAACAUAUAAUACAUCUAGCAGAUCACGAUAGGUGCUAUGUGUGGGAUAUAAACAACAGAUAGACUUCAAAUUGGAAUUGUCAUGAAACGUCAUCAUAUUUCUUUUAAAACUCAAUCAACUACUUUCGGAUGUGAGUGUUUCAUCAAUACCAGCCAUCCCUGACACUAUCGCAUCGUUGGCAUAUUAUGAUUUAAUCUAAUUUACAAUUUGCUAGUUUUUCGUGGAAGAAUAAGCAUCAAUGAACAGUCGAUUCCGUACGUUAAACCGGGUUAUACUGAAGAACAUAACCAUCCUGAACGUCAAAUCUUGAAAUAAGAGUAGGUAUGCCUCAGAGGGUUAGUGCAAUUAAAGGUUGUAAUUCUUGUCUAGGUUUCACCUUAACCGGUUAUAGAAACUUAGUUUAGUUGUUGCAAGAUUUCCUUUCUUGUCAAAAUACAAAGUGUGAUUUUAGCGAACAGUGUUUUGUCCAUUACAGUUUACGCGCGAGUGUGCACACAGUUAAACAUCUGACGCUGUGUGUCCGUUUCACACAAUAUGUCUCCAGUCAGUAUACAUGACCUUGGUGGCUGAAUCGACUGUAGCUGACGUAAUAGUGCCCCACCCCCUCCCACCACAUGGGCAAGGUAUGCUGACCCUCAAUCACCUGAUACCGCCAUCCGUGGCUCGUGAGAUGUUGGACAUUACGUGUAUUAAUCCACCUGACCAAAAUAUAAUAGUUCACCACAUUGACGACUUGAACACUUGACAAUUGAGACUUUUGAAGGUAUUUGCCACUCAAAGACAGCCAAGGCUUAUUGUAUUUUUCGUAUUACUUUAGUUAAUCAAGUUGUGAUCAACUACAGUAAAAUGAUAGAACUGACGAUUCUUAGCUUGUGUUUGAGCAGGUCUUGUGUUGAAGUAGAAGUCAGUCGGAUGUUUCACCUAUCUACCCUUUAGUUUGUUUGUGUACAGGUUGUGUUGAUACCAAUGUAGAAGUGAUGUUUAAGUAUGUACAGUAGAAGUGUGUCAACAAUAUAGAUAAGUAAGUAUGUAUAUGUACAGUCCUGUUUGACAAUUUAUGUUCCAUGUCAAGAGAUUAUUGUACAAAAUAGAACACUGUUAAACUUAUUUUUUAAUUAAAAACUAUUUGAAAUGUU